CGUUUUCUUGCCGUCUCUGUGUGUACAUAAACAGUGACGAGCGGCCGGGGUCGUUUAAGGUCACUGCAUGACGUCAAACUGUUUUUGUUCUAUUGUUCCACGGUGGCGACGGCGGGGUCGGUUGUCACCUGUUGAAAGUAACGUAAAUCUCAUUGGCGGGGACAAAGGAGGCUGUUGUGUAUCAUUUCUGAGAGGACAGAACGUCCGGAGACCUUGUCAGAGUAACGCCAUGACCAGUGCGGAGAUUCGCGGCACGCUGUACGGCAAGGUGCGACGCUACCUGGCGACCACCAAGAAGCAGGUGCGCUUCAACGUCAACCUGUUGUCCGAUCAUGAGGAGGAUCUCAUCAAGGAACUGCAGCUGUGGAAGAUUCAGCAGUGCGACCCAGACGACUUCCGUCCCGCGGAGUCCGAGGUGUGGCUGGAGAGGUACGACGGGCUGCAUCAGCUCCCUCCGGUACUGAUGGCGGAAGGAGAGUUCUGGGACUUCGUCUUCUCAGACAGGUGGGACGAAUACAGUUCACUUCGGAUUUCCGAGGGGGCGCUCCUGCAACGACUGAUAGAAGUGUUCUUCGGUCUGAAGCGUCAGGGAAAACUGCACGAAUUCGAGACAGAAAUCUUGGAAGCCAAAACAAAGGGGCAAAUGAUGUACGACACGCGACUUGCCUUCAUCUACUAUGGUUUGGCUUCAGGGCGACGACAAGACAAAGACGACGACGAACUGACUACAACCUGUCCCCAAACUUCCCCUCAUCUGGCCAUAUUUAGAAGCGAUCCUUUACUAGUGGAACGUUCCGUGGAAAACUUGGUGUCUUUCCUCUCAAAGCGGUCCAUGUCCUGGCCGUCAGACCUAGCCACGGCUGCGUCUACAUCGAGCAAACUUCGGAAUCAAUCUCAGUCACUUACAGGUGGUAGCACACCCUUCAACUUGGACAAUGCAGCUAGUGCAAUAAACGACACGAAGUCGCUUGCAUCCUCGACGUGUGGCUCUUCAAAUGGCAAACAGACUACAGCUGACAGUAUCACCUCUCAACAGGGGACCUCCAGUAGCUUCUCGUACACAUCAUCUUCUACCCCUGACACCUUCAGCUUCUCCUCUGGCACGUCUUCGUUUAGCAAAGAAUCCUCAUCGGAGAUAGACUUAAACUUUGUCGCGGGUGGUUCGAGAGGAAAAUUUGUGUGCUUCGAUGUUGCGUCCCUCCUGAAGCCGGAGUCGAGCUCAGCGUUUGUCCCACCGCGACCGGCUUCCCCGCACCCCUCCAAGCACAGCCGGCAGAGCGGGUCCAGGAGCGAGCAAUCCCACAGGGAGCACGCGCACUGCUACCCGAGGCUCCCGCCUACAUUUGGGACGCCGCGGAAGGACGAGGCGCCCAUACUGGUGCUGAAAAAUCCCGAGGACAAGGAGAAAAAUGUAGAAGGCUUACCCCAAAAAGCAAAGGUUCUGGACAUUGUCACCCGCUUAAAGGAAGCCCAGCGCCUUAAGAAAAGCAGACGUGAAGCUGUAGCUGCCGAAGAAAGUGACUCCAUCGAGCAGAUUCAAACCCCAGAGGACGACUUACACCCCACCCCUCCCCGAUCCAUUCUCCGCCAAUAUGACAAUAACAACUGUUUACCCGAGAACUCAUCGCCUGAAGUUUCUGCAUCGAGCGACGAGGAAACGCCUCCGUUUCAUGCUCUCAACCGUACCUACAGUUUCGACAAGCUUCGGGAGCGGAGAUACCCUAGUAAAGAACCGGAAGAAUCGCUCCUAGAAGAGGAAGUUGAUGAGAGAAGACUUCCCGAGCUGAACGUUCUUCUGGGGCACUACGCGCUCUGCAGGCGGCGUCCCAUCGCCAAGAACACCAGGAGCACCAAGAAAGACUUCUUCAAGAGAAUGAAGGAGGAAGACUUCGUGGAUGGGUGCUUGAAGGCGCUGGAAGAGUUCGUAGUGAGGAAGGAGCAGGCAGUGGUACAUGUGGGAAGGACUGUGGUCAGAGUUAUCACCACCAUUACUAUCAACAAAGUACCGCUUCUCGUCAGGCGAUCCUAGCGAAGAACAUCUUAGUCUAGGACAGUAUCAUUUCGUUGCUAAUUAAAGACAGUGAUAUACCAUUUCAUAGGAAAGUAACGUUGCAAAAAAUUGUCAACGAUCGCUCGCACUUUAAUGACAAAAAGCUGCAACACAUCACAAUGGAAGAACAUGACAUGUACAUGUACACAUCUUCUAUGUCACAUUAAAGAGUGCUCAAUAUUAGCACAAUAAUCAUUUUGCCGUUGCUGAAAAUAACUUUUAUUUACUCACAAAUCUUUCAAUCCAAAGAUAUACAAUUGACAUAAACUAUCCACAUGUCUAGAAUUCAGCAACAUGGACAUACAUGUACCUUCUCUCCUAUAGCCAGAUUCCUGUGCGCAAAAAUGCAAAACACUUUGACAACAAGCAAUGUCCUCAUUCACUCACUUAUAACUAUUGCUUGGUUAGGAAAAAAUAAGAUGCUCAUGCAAAUAUACACUCAUAUCCUCAUUGACUGUGAGUGAUAGUACACAUAUCUUCAUCAGAAAAUAUAAUCCAUGGGACAAGCUGCCUUAUUAGUCUUUAGCUGCCAAAAAGCUGGCAAUUGUUUCAAUAAUUCUGAAUCCCUAUACGAAUUUGCCUUCAUAAUAGAGGAUGGCAGCCAGGCAAAUUUCACCACAUCAGUGACACUGAUAUACAGACAUUGGGCUCUGCUGCCUUUGCAGAGUUUUGUGAUCUGCUAGUAGAGUAAAAUAUGCUGUGUUAGCUUUUCAUUUCAUACCUCCUGCUGAUUAGUGUUUUUAAAGAAAGUUUAAGUCUUUGAACUAUCUGAGAUGCAUCUCCAGAUGGGGCAAUGACAUAAGAAUAUUAAGUACAUGUACACUGGGUAAAAGGUUGCACAGUUCUAGUGUUCUACAGCUUCAACUCACCACUGUCACUGACGAGCCAAUAGCUUUUUUUCAAGGCUAUUCAUUAGUUCAUAUGAAUCACGAGUUCAUAUGAAUCAAGAGCGAAUCCCAGGUAUCUUGGCAAAACUUUGCAGAGUUUUGUAGCCUAUCAGCGGUCAAAUGUGCUGGGUUAAUUUUUGUCUCGAACUCCCUGUCAAUGAAAUUCCGCCUUGGCUUCCCAUUGGUCCAGUUCAACUGCAUCUUCUGGAGUUUAUCCUGACAGGUGCAGAGGAUUAACCUCACAGGUACAAAGGUGGGGUAACAAAACAGGUCAGUAAGAUAUCCUGCCUUUGCAAAAAUUUACAGAGUCUGCUUGCUGUUAUUGCAGAAUCUUUAAGCUUGUUCAACCAUCAAGUGAUGCGUCGAUGUAGGUUAGACAUCCAGGUAACAAGAUACACCAAAAAGUAGUUACUCAAGCAACUGGAUAUGGACAA